UUGUUUCGUUAAUUGGAAAAUACAUAUUUUUGUUAACCGGAUUACAAAAAAAAAAGAACUAAAAAGCCCAAAGAGUCAGAAGAAGUUCAUUACAUUUAUUUUUAUAUUGUGAUAAGUUUAUUUUUAUCUGGCCACCAGAUUAAGCAGCAAGCAAGUACAUCAAAAUCAUCUGGCCAAAUUCCAACAUGAAUGAGUUGCAACAAUUAACGGACCAUCAUGCCUUCAUUGUACGUACUGAUCGCAAAUCGUUGUACACACAAAUCAAAAAUCUAGUACAUCAAGCCCAAGAAGUGGCCAGCAAGGAACUUAAUCAAAGACGAAAUACCUUAAAGCUUUUGCUAGAGUAUGAGGAUAAGAUAUACGAAGAAGAAUUUGCCAACAAAGUCAAGUCACGCAUUGACGAGGACAUCAGGGAGCGCAAAGAUAUACUACUGAAGAUAAAGGAGGAGAGUACAAAGAAUGAGUUGGAAUUCUUGAAAUCGAAACGCAUACAACAAUACAUGAACAGUUGUUAUGAAAUACGCGAAGCUUUGAGGCGCAAAGAAACGCAAAAUAUUAAAGAAUGCCAACUGGAACAGAUGCUGGAGAAGGAGAGGUCGGUGAAGAGGGAACAAGAUUUAGAGAAAUAUUGGUUAGAGGUGCAAAACAUAAAUCUUCGCUUAAUGGAUGAACAUCAACAGCAAGAGAAUUGUUUGAAAAAAGCUUUAGUCAAACAUGUGUCGGAUACACGAAAAGUACAAUUAGAAGAAUUGCAGGAGAAGCGUGAGAAAGAACUUGAGGAAAAAUUAGAAGACAAAAAGAAAUUAGAUGCUCUGUUGGAAGAAAUACGCUUAGAAGAAUUCGAUCAAAAGCUACAGGGAAAACCGGCCCAAGUAGCUGAGUAUCGCAAUGAACUAUUAAAAAUGAUAAAUGAGAAACAAGAGGCGGAGAAAAAAGAACAGCGCGAACUAGCUGAUAUGCACCGAAAAAUGAUGGCAGAAAUAGCACGAUUAGAAGCUGAAGAAAACGCUGCAGCUAAAGAGAAAAAGAAAGCUUUUCACAAAGCCACAAUAGAUUUUAUACGAUUUGUUAAAGGCAUGCGCGAAUUGGAUGAACGGCAUGAACAAGUGUAUAAUGAACGCACCGAUGAUCUACGAAGAAUAGACAUGUGUACGAAAAACAAUAUAUUAAAAGAACGUCAGCGUAAAGCGCGUAUAGCCGAAAAGUGUUAUGCCGAGUUGAGACAGCAAAUUUGUGAACAAUACGAAAACCGCUUACGAGAAGAAGCUGAACAUCGUGAGUGUAAAAUGUUAGAAAAUCGUUUCAUACACCGAGAAAUAACCCACAAAGAAAUUUUGGAAAGAAAACGAAAAAAUCGCUUAGAACUUGAGCAGCAAAUGGAAGAAUUAAAAAAAUUACGAGAAAAAGAACAAGAGGACUUUUCUAAUGAACUUAAACGAGCUAGUAAUGAUCCAGAAUAUUGCGCGCAAUUAGCUAAAGAGUAUAUCAAAGAGGGUAUUGAUUAUUUAGAACCCCAUGCUAAUUGGCGUAUUAUAGCUUGUUCCUCUAAAGACUAUGUGACCAAAGCACCUGCACGUAGUUUACAAGAGUUAUUGAGUCAAGGAGCAAUACCAAAAAAGUGUAUUGAACCAUGUGGUUGCAUUCGAAAUAUUAAUACUACUGAUGGCAGAGGUGAUGAAAAUCGUUGAUUCUUGUUGUAUGUUGUAAUAUUGUAAAAUUAUAUUGUUAUUUACUUAAAAGAAUACAUUUAAAUACCAUUUUGGAUACACAUUUAA